AUCACUUGGCGGCUACACAGAGGACGGCCAUGGGUACCCCGAGGGGUUCCUUCGUCCCAGGAGACGCGGAAAGCCUGAAGGUGGAAGUUCAACUACGAGUGAGCCCGUCAGAGAUGAAGUUCUUUGAUGCGCUGGAGGGGAAAGUAUACCGCCUCCGGCUUACUGUACGCAAUCUUGGUCGAUGGAACAAGAAAAUUCGGUUUGUGGAACCAACCAAGCCACAGUUCAAAUUGAUGUUAACGGAUUUGGAAAAAGAACUUGCUUCUGGCCUUCAGAUGACAGUUGUGGUGGAGUAUCGUCCUGAUAAAAAUGAAGAUACUUUUGACCAACUACUUAUUGUAGUAGAAAAUGAAACAAUAGUAGUUCCUCUAAUUGGGUUGAUUCCAUCUUGUGAUUUGGAAAUUGAAUCAGUAGUUGAUUUUGGCAUAUUAGUUUCAAACAGUAAAUUACAUUCGAAAGAGAUAAAUAUUAAUAACCGUGGCACAUUUCCAGGUAUGUUUCAUGUGGAAUACUGCGGUCACUUACCUAUCGUCAUUUUUCCAACCUGUGGUGCUGUAAAGCCUGAGUCUUCUUUGACUAUCAGAGUAGAUUUCUGUGCAGACGAACCCAGAGUUGUUAAUGAAGUGGCAAAAGUGAGAUUGCAAGGUCGUCCUGACAAACACUUGAAUAUUAAAGCUCAUGUGGUCCAAGAGAUUAUUGAAUUGUUAAACCUAAGUGAUGAGAGAAAAUUGGAAUGCAUACACUUUGGUUCUGUUUACUUUGGAGCAUCAAAAAUUGAACAUGCCCUUCUAUAUAAUAAUAGCCCAGAACCUAUAAGUUGGGUGGCAGUAAUGCAAAAUGAUUGUGUUGGAGAAGAAUUGGGUUCAAAUAUCCGACAAAGAACAGAUUUGGCUUUAAAUAAUCUCACCUACCUAAACAAAAUAAAAACUAUAGAUAUUACCACUAUUUUCUAUUGUGUUCCUAAUGAAGGGAUUUUAUUACCUCAUCAAAAGAUUUCAAUUGCAUUUUGUUUCAGCCCAAAGCUAAUAGUUGAUAGUAAAAUGGAUGUUGACCCUUUACAUAGGCAAGACUAUGCUGUCUUUUUGAGAUUUGAGACUGUGGGAAGCAAAGAUGGAUUUUUGGGAGAUGAUGACUCUGAAACUAUCAAAAGUGAUCAGUUUCAGAAAGUGGAAUUAGCAAUGACAGGCUCAGGAGUUCCUGUCUUAUUACAUUUUGAUCGAGGCAAAUUCUUUAAAUUUCAACCUUGUUUCAUGGGUGAACGUUCAGACAUUGUGUGCAUCAUACAAAAUCAAUCUGAAUUUCUUCCUGUGACAUACCAUUUUCCAAAAACUGCUCAUUUUAAAAUUCAUCCUCAAAGGGGAAAGAUCAAUGAAGGCUGCACCCAGAGUGUGAUAUGCUCAUUUAUUCCACAUCAAAUUGGAUCCUUUAAAGUGAAACAGGUGAUAGAGAUUGUUGGCCCAGUGGUGGAUAAAAAUUUGCAGUCUAUAUCGAUGAAACCAUUUCAUCACAUAAAUUUAAAUUUCACAAGCGUCUGUAAGCCUUUCACUAAGAAAAUUGUGAUGAAAAUUAAUCCUGGUAUAUCCCCUUUGAUAAGUAAUCCCACGGGACAGUUCAUGGCCAAAGACUUGGUAAAAUGUGAGGACUAUGCACCUGUAGCAAUGCUUCAGUCAGCGAGGACGCACCUUCAUGAUCAUCGGUCAAAUGAAGAGACAAUGAAAGGUGCACUGAUUGCCCUUCCCAAUGACCGAGCUGCAAGUCUCAGGCCAGGAGAAUAUCAUAAACAGUUCAGGACAAUUUUCACAAAGAUUCCAAGGUAUAACUAUAUAGAUCCUGAUUUUGAACAUACUGAAUUUGAAAAAAUACAGAAGAGAGUCCAUCGAAACUACUAUUCAAAUCAUAUUAAAUAUUUAAGACAUUUACGCCUGCAAAAAGAAGCAGCAAGUAGGAAAUGCGUGUAUUCAGAUGAUACUGUAGACGUAGACAUGCUGCCAGCAUCAGGUCUGAAGUCACCCCCACUCUCUCAAGAGGAAAUACAAAAGGAGUUGUCUUCAAUAGAGCAUUUCAUGAAAACUAAUCGAUUAUUAUGUACCAGGGAAUUAGCAUCCAAGGAGAGAGUGUCCCUGGAGAGAACGGUUCUCAAAAGACCUAAAUCACACCCAGCCACUCCCCAAGAAAAACUGGACUGCAGCAUAAUUUUGACACCAAAGCAAAUUCAUCAAGUAAUUGUUGGUCCCUCUGUCCUUAACUUUGGUGAUAUUUGUGUGAACUCGACAAAUAUUCAGCUACUGCAUUUUAUUAAUAUGCUAUCUAUGCAUAUAUUGAUUCAAUUAGAUAUCAAUUUUGAAGAACUUCAGAAAACUAAAAUAUUUUCAUAUGUGAUUCCACCUAUAUCCAGUACUCAUAUUCCAAUAAUAUUUGAAAGUUCUACCAUUGGAAAAUUUUGGAGAUCUUUCUCCUUUACAGUGAACAGCGUACCUGGUGGACACAUCUUAGUGAUAGCAGAAGUCCUGCCAGUAAAACUUGAGAUAUCUUCAGAUGAGAUAGUUUUGAGACCACGAGGAUUCUUGUUGAAAACAUGCUUCUGGGGGACAGUUAGGUUGUAUAAUAAUCAGAAUCGGUCUGCGCAGUUUGGAUGGCAACCAGGAAACUCAGUAAAAGGGAUUGCAUUUUCCAUUCGUCCUGCUAAAGGCAUUAUUGAAGCCUAUUCAUCAAUGGAAUGUGAAAUAACAUGGCAGCCAGGUUUCACUUCUCCAGAAAGAGGGCACUUUAUUCUUCAUGUUGUUGAUGGAAACACCUUAAUGCUACAAUGUGUUGCGAAUGUUGGUAACACCACAGUCACAUUUUUAGAGCCAAGGAUAUUAUUUAAUAAUAGUCCUCAAGGUUUAACAACUUGGAAGAAAGCCAUUCUUCAUAAUGCAGGACAAAAUCAUGCAUUUUUCAAGGUUUGUGAUGAAAGUCUUUUGUCUACCAUUAAUAUUAUUCCACGUCAAGGAAUAAUUCCAUUUGGGGGAAUAACUGUUCUUCAUAUCUCCUGUACACCCAUGGCUGCAGAAAAAUUUGAUACAAAAGCAAAGGUUGCUAUUCACUGUGCAAAUAUUAUAGACCUUAGAAUUGGUGGAUCUGGUGAGAUGGCUGAUAUUGAAAUCAAGCCGAGUGAAUUUAAUUUUAGCACCUUUGUUGGUGCUACCCAGACUAUUCCAUUUGUAAUAAAAAACAAAGGUGUAGCACGUGCCACAGUGGAGUUUAAUCUUAAAGACUUUUCAGAGUUUUCAAUGAAUUUUAAAGACAAACCAGGACGGUUCACAAACCCUGAUGCUCCUCAUAUAUAUUUUUUGGAGUUAGAAGAAAAGUCAUUGCUAGAAUGUGGCUUAGUAUUUUCUCCCAAAGAAGUGCGAGCAUAUGAAUUCAGCAUAGAAGUUCAUAUUAAUUCAUUCAGUUCUUCAGAACUCUACACAGAGUAUUUGUCAAACAGAAAACCUUUGAUGCCAAAGACAGUUCCACUUAUUCAACCUUGUUUUGUUCAAGCUACUGUAUUGAAAUCGCCAUUGAAAUUGUCCAGGACCAAAUUUGUAUUUAAUAUCUCUUUAUAUGAAAUGGAACAUAAUAAUAGGGUCACAGAAACUCAGGAUCUUAUAAUACAUAAUAUUUCAGAACAAGAGGUUCGAUGGAUAUUUGAUCUUAGUAAUACUGGCAAACUUUGUAAAAAUGGCAUAUUCAUUUUUAGUGAACAGACUGGGAUUUUGUACCCACAUGAAAAGUGUACUGUUUCUGUAAAUUUCCGUCCAUGUAAACCUAUGCAAUACACAGUUGAUGUUCCUAUGUAUUUAAAGAAUAAUUCAGUUUGCUAUAGAAUGUUAUGUCUGAUUGGAGAGAUAAAAUCACCAAAGAUAAGAUUUGAUCCACCAUUUAUAUUUUUUACUCCUGUUCCUUUGGAUGUAACAACUGUAAUGGAUGUCAAAAUUUUACCCCAAAAUUAUUUCAGAAAUUCAACUCUAAAUUUCCAUAUUCCCACAGUAAGGCUUCUCAAUGAUGAUGAACAAAUUCAGCCACUUUCUGUGACUUUCUCAAAAGACCAAAUCAUCGUAGGCUCUAAGCGUGGAAAUAAUAAAGAACUUACUUUCCACCUCAGUUUCAAAUCACCUAAACCUGUUUCAUUUUUCAACAAUCUUUGUUUCUAUGAUGACAGUGGUAACUGGUUUUCACUCCCAGUUACUGCAACAGCAGAAAACUGUAUUCUUACUAUUUAUCCAUAUUUGGCAACUCAUCUCGAUAAGCACAAUAUAAUCUUAAAAGAUGAUAUAAAUGGAAAUCCUAUGAAGAAUCGAGGCAGUUUUUUGCUUACCAAAUGGAAUUCUACAUUUCUCUCUCCUUUAGUAAAAAGGACGUCCAUUAGAACUAAACCAAAACGUGUGGAAUUUAAAAGGGAAAGCUUCUUUGUUGGAAUGGAAAAAUUACCUGAACAUUUGAACCUGGAGGAAAGUGAAACACCAAAUAAAGCAGAUGUUCGAUCUUUGGGAAUUCAAAAAAUUGAACAAUUCUUUUUUCCUAAAGAAGGAUCUCUGGCACAUAACUUCUAUGAGAAGGUUGUAAAUGCAGCUCAGACGUGGUUCAGUCUCUUUGGCUGGCCUGAAGGACCCCAUUUAUUUUCCAUUCCAGAGACUAUAAGAAGAGAUGUGCAAAAAAUACAAUUUUACUCAGCCUCAACACCCAAGAAAUUUUCCAGACAGAAUGAUUUUUCCAAAUAUAAUAAGACCAUUUAUGAUGUGUUGCUCCACCUGAGUGGAACACUGCCACCUGGAAUUAGUUCAAGUCAGUCUUUACCUGUGGAUGACACCGAAAGAGUGAUUCAGCUUCAUUUUCAGUAUUCUUCACUUCUAGAUUUUCUCAAUACUCAAGGAGGUUGUGUUUCUCAUAUAAUGCCAGAAUUUCUGCUUGAACCACGUGAUUAUAAGAAGUGGCUUGAAAUUUCACCUUCCACUAGUACUAUGUCCAUGGAUUGGUAUACAGCUAAUGGAAAAUGUCCUUUUACUAUUGAUAUGAACAAGUUUGAAGCCUGCAGUAAACGGGCAUGGACAGAUAUAUUCCUUCAGAUUUACAAGGUUCUGGUUUUAUCCCGAGUUUUACCACAGUUCUCCAAUGCUGCCCCUCCAAUAAAGGUGCAAAAUACACAAAAAAUCAGCCCUUAUUUUGUAUCCAGCAACAUAUAUUCAGAUUCAGAAAGGAUUCUACUUAGUUGGUUGAAUACAAAUUAUGAAAAUACUCGACACAUUAUAUGGGGAAACCGUCAUAAAGGUGCUGUUCCCUCUGAGAGAUGGAUAGUAAAUUUUGACAAAGAUCUUUUAGAUGGCCUUGUUUUUGCAACACAGUUAGCAGCCUAUUGCCCAUUUUUGAUUGAGUCUCAUUUUGUAAAUAUGUAUACAAAACCAAAACGUCCUGAACAAUAUCUGCAUAAUUGCUUAAUUAUUAUAAGUAGUUUUGAUGACAUUGGUCUUGACAUGAGUAUACAGGCCAUAGAUAUCUGUGACCCAAAUCCAAUCCUAAUGCUCAUGCUGUGUGCCUACAUGUAUGAAAGGCUCCCUGCAUUCCUCCCCAAGGAGGUCGUGCCAUUUUAUUGUACUCUGUAUGACUCUGUGCUUAGACAGAUUCUGCUGAAAAAUACAAGCUUGCAAAACAUAGUGUAUCAAGCUACAAUUGUUGGAAGAGAUGCUGCUGAUUUCUCUCUGGUUCAGAAAGGAAAUAUUGUAACAAUUCCUCCACAAAAUGAAACCACUAUCACUGUGAAAUUUACCACUCGCUUCCUUCGACCUGCUGAAGCUUCAUUGCUAUUAAUUUCAAAACCUAGGCAUGGAGUGGGAGGCAUUACCAUGACUUUUGCUUUAAAGGGAGAGAUCCUCAAUAUUAAAGCAAUUGAAAUUCUUAAAUGCGAAACUCCAUGUUAUCAAUGGAAGCAAGUCAUUGUACCUUUGAAAAACCCCUUCCCAACUGGUGGAAACUUUAAUGUCAUUUUGGUGGAAUCUACAACAUUUAUCCAUUUGCCAUCGCAAGUAACUGGAUUCAAUCAACAUUUGUCUGAUGAUAAUGAUGUAAGUAGCAGUGCAUGUGAUGCUUCCCAAGGCUGUUCCCACAUUCGAGAUAGCAUAACAACUUCUAUUAAAGAGAGUUUCAUUAGAGAGUUCUUCUGCUCCACACAUACUCUCUCCCUGAAAGGGAAUGAAUCUGCAAGCCUAGAGAUCUACCAUCUUCCCUUCGGCGUCCACACGCGCUACUGUGCCAUCAUCUUAAGCAACCAAGAGGUUGGAGAAUUAAUAUACAUUGUGCAAGGUGAUGGUUUGGUCCCCUUGCCUUCCAGUUUCCAUUCUUCAGAGCCUUCUAGUCCAAUUGACUUCAACAGCUCACUAGAAGAAGAGAAUAAUAAGGGACAUCCAGUUUUGUAUUUGAAAUGUGAACUCCGUCAAACCUUAGAUGUGAGCCUUAAGGUGCCACUGACUAAUGAAGCCAGGGAAAAUGCGUUGACUUUUGCAGCACAACAGGAAAUGUCUGCAGUUGAGUAUGAGCGAAGGCGAAUCACAGGCACUCUGGAGAGCAGUAGCAUCCGUGUUGCUGUUGCCCUCCUGGGGCUAACCAAGAUUGAGGCUCUUAUGCUCUUUCAUAUGUCCAAGUUGAAGAAGCCUAAGUCCAUUUUAUUUACAACAGAACUGAGUCUUCCAGAACAUUUUAUUAUUCCCCCAAAAAUCUACAUGCCUCAGAGUCCAGAAACUCAUGCUAAAGUGACUACAUCUGAAGGAAUUAUUACUCCAGAUUCAACAGAUGUGGAAGAAUUUAUUUCAGUUCCUCUACAAUUUCUACCUCUUGGUCCUGGACGUUACCCUUGUAAAAUUUUGUUGACAUCAAACUAUGAUGUGCGAAUCUAUAACGUUGAAGGUGUGGUAAAUGCAGAUCAACCAGAGGCAGCAUUUCAAUUUGAGACACCAGCAUUUGAACCUCUUACCCAGAACAUUCCAAUAUGUAAUGAAACAAAGAAGGAAUGGAAAUGUCAAAUUAAAAUAGAAGGAAAAUGGUUUUUUGGACCUGCUAUUUUAUAUAUAAGACCAGGUGAAACUGUGGAAUAUCCUCUCAUGUUUAAACCUAUUUUGGAGUGUGAGAUUAUGGGAAAACUUAUUAUACAAAAUGAAGUGGAUGGUAUGGAGCAUAUCAUUGACAUAAAAGGAAUUGGAAAAAAACCUCUGGCUUUUGGAACCAUCAUUAUCGAUUGCAGAGUGGGAGAUUUGGCAAAUAAUUCCAUAGUAGUGCCUAAUUAUUCAACGACUAUUUUGACAUUUAAGGUAUCUUCAGACCUUCCAAUAGUGUGGGGCAAUCCAUAUCUCACCAUAGAGCCAGAUAAUUCAAUUCCAUAUGUUAUAAAUGUGUGCCCUUGGAAGCGUGGAGUACAAAAAGGUACAAUUUCAUUUUCCAUUAAAAAUGGAAAUGAUAAUGACUCUCAGAAAGAAAUAAAUCAAGAUAAAGGAUUCUUUCAUAAACUAUCAGAACUAUCAGAACUAUCAGAACUAUCAGAACUAUCAGAACUAUCCACCAUUUCUAUUAAGGAAGAGUCAGAUGAGGAUCUUAGCAGUUUAAGAAUAUGGUAUCAUCUUGAGAUCCACUCCUCUCCUGGACCACCCCUAACUGUUAUUGAAAUGGAGUGUAUUGCUCUGGAGACUAGUUGCAUUGAAAUACCUAUCUCUAAUCCAAAAGACAAAAUUAUUUGCAUAGAUGUGAUAUUAACAACUCCUGCCCUGAGUGGACUCCCAAAACUUACACUGAAUCCACUGGAAACUAUUAACUACAUUGUAUGGUAUUCUCCAGCAAUUAUAGGCUAUAAAGAAGAAAGCAUUAUUUUUCAGCCUGUAAUGGGUGAAGAGUUCUGGUGUUUACUGAAAUUAACUACUGAACUUCCAAAAAGAAAGGAAAUACCAGAAAUAUAUUGUGACCUCGGAAAGCAUGCCAUUCAGACCAUUCCCUUAUAUAAUCCUACACAUGAAACUUUAGAAUUGCAAGUAACAAACAGUAAUCCUGCAAAUUUUGUCCUGAAAAUUAAUGGAACAUUACCAUUGACUAUACUUCCUCACUCUACCAAAGAGAUAACGGUUUGCUUUUAUCCUUCUGCACUUGGAAGAGCUGGUCAUGAAACUUGUAUCAACUUCUUCUGUACUCAGUUUGAAGAAUGGAAAUUCUAUCUCUUUGGAGUAGGCCUAUUUCCCCGGCCUAUAGAAACAGCAGAAAUGACCACAUGCAUUGGUCUUCAGUCACCCAUCAUUAUACCUUUCAAAAAUCCCACCAAGGAAAAUGUGUCUGUCAAUAUCUUUCUAACAAAUGAAGAACAGCCUAGACACCUUGUCAUUGACCACUGCUGGGACAGCUUCAUGAAUGAGAAUUCUGCCUUCCGAUUUAGUUCUCUGUGUCGUAGGCAAGGAAUCGUGUUGCCUCCGGAAGGAAAUGUAGAUAUCCUGGUGUUAUUUAAACCCAAAAGUAUGACAUUGUGCAAAACAUUGGUCAUUGUUGAAGUGAUAAGAGCAAAUGGGGAAAAUUGGACUAUUGACAACUUUGAUGAAUUAGAUGAAGACUUUAAAAGCAUUAUCGGUAUAGACAAAGAUGACAUUCAAGAAAUACACUGGAUAUAUCCUAUUAUUGGACUCCCACAGGCACCGCUCCCUAAAACUCCUCCACCUGUCGUAAAAUGUAAGUCUAAGAAGAAGAUAGAAAUGACGUUGGAAAUCACACUGAUUGGUAAUUUUUUUGGACAAGAUCCUACACCAGAAUCAACACAAUUUUUAGUGAUUCCAAAAAGAAAUUCAUAUUGUAAUGUUCAUGAAGAUUACACUGCAGUUUCUAAAAUACGUGUAUUCAAGUAUGAAAUAGAAUUUGAAUCUGAAAUUGUGAAGUCUAACUUGGAAUCCACUGUGGAUUUAUAUUUGAGCACACAAGGUUCUGAUAUCGAAAAUAACAUGAUAUCAUUGGUCUUCAAGCUACUAUUUACACCAGAGAAACCAUCCAGGUCUAAUGUUACAUUGAAAAUAGAGAGCAUAAAAGAUGGAAUCUGGAAGUUUCCCUUGAUCUUGAUGGCUACUGAUCCUGAAGUGGAAGAAAUCAUUAACAUAAGAGGAGUUGGUUUACAAAAGGAAUCUACUAUGAACUUCAGGCUGGCAAGUCCAACAAAAUAUCCUCAGCAAUUCACUGCCUCCUUCCUACCUGGAAGUGAUCGAGAGUUUUUUGUAAAACCUGAGGCUGGAAAACUUCCUCCUUCUUACAGUAAAGGAAUUCUCAUCACUGUAGGAUUUAAACCCAAAAUGUACAGUAAGAGAUACAAAGCGACAUUAGUAAUACAGACAGAUGAUAUGUACUGGAUGUAUGAAAUCAACGGAUUACCACCAGAACCCACACCUCUGAUAAAUGUAAAACCUAAAGUUAAUACUACUAACCAAACAUAUGGCAACAUGCCUGUUCAUCAGCGUAAUUUUAUCCGUGAAAAUUCUGAGCUCCUAAGAACAGGGGUGUCUUCUACAAUUAAGGGUGCUCCUUUGGUAGAAAAGAGAAAAUAA